UGUCUCUACUGAACAAAAAGAUUUUUACUUCGAUUUUGAGAUAGCCAAAGGGAUCCAUUUUCAAACACAAUUGUGACUAGUCAUUCCUGAACAGCAUUUUUCAAAUAAUAAAUACUUAUUAUUUGAGUAAUAAUAAACAAUAAUCUAUAAUAAUGGGCUUAGUACGUGUAGUGCAAGAUGACAGUCAUUUCCAUACAGAAUUGGCUAGUGCAGGAAUAAAACUUGUCGUUGUUGAUUUUACUGCAACUUGGUGUGGACCAUGUCAAAGAAUAGCUCCAAUUUUUGAACAUCUUUCUACAAAAUAUCCCAAUGCAAUUUUUUUGAAAGUGGAUAUUGAUAAAUGUGCUGAAACAGCGAGUAGCCAAGGUGUCAGUUCUAUGCCGACAUUUAUUUUCUAUCGUAAUCGUGCAAAACUUGGCAUGUGCCAAGGAGCUAAUCCUUCAGGUUUAGAGGCAAAAAUCAUCGAAUAUUACGGUUCUGGAGAUAGUGAUGGACCAGUUGCUGGACAUAUGGACUUGUCAUCUUUUAUCUUAAAAGGACAGUGUGAAUGUUUAAAUGAGUCAGAUGAUCAUAAUUUAGAGAAAUGCUUAACUGCCGAUGGUCCUGGUUAUCUUGAAAGUGAUUGUGAUGAACAAUUGAUCAUUUCAAUAACAUUUACACAAGCUGUCAAAGUACAUUCAUUAAAGAUUAAAGCUCCUGCUGAUAAAGGACCUAAGAAUUUAAGAAUCUUUAUUAAUCAACUUCGAACUCUUGAUUUUGAUUCAGCUGAUUCCACUACAAGUGUUCAAGAUAUAACAUUAACACCUCAAGAUUUAGAAGAAGGAAAUCCAGUACCUUUACGUUAUGUUAAAUUUCAAAAUGUUAUGAACUUACAAAUAUUCGUUAAAGACAAUCAAACAGGUACAGAAACAACUCAAAUCAACCAUUUAGCUAUUAUUGGCUCGCCAAUUGCUACAACAAAAAUGGAAGAUUUUAAAAGAGUAGCUGGAGCAAAAGGUGAAAGCCAUUAAAUAUAAAAAUAUCUUUUCGUACAUUUUUUUGUUUAUUAAUAGCAUUUCAAUAAAUAAUUCUGUAUUUUUAAUGAUUUAUAAAAUGAUAAAUUAAUAAAAAUAUAUAUAAAUUA